CUCCGUGACGGGUCACGUUAUCGGAGGGGGGCAGUCGGUGUGGAAGCACUGAGCUCCCUACCGACGAGUCACCGUCGGGCCGCACUUACCGUUAAAUAUUAGUCAAAUAGUUGACGGGAAAGCGAAAGCAACCGGAUAACAUCCUUUAACAUCCCGACGCUGAGCGCUACGUCGGACAGACGGCUGGAAUCGAACCGGAGCCGCUCGAGCUCACCGCGGGCUGGAUGCGAAGCUCGGCGUGAAAGGUGCACCGGAGUCGGCCGACGACAUGGGGAAUAAAUAGUUGUCACACAUCAGCAGUUCGGAUCCAGCUGAAGUCAUGGAUGAAAGUUGGAAAAACUGCUUUGAAGAGGAGCUUCUGUGUCCCAUCUGCCUGAAUGUUUUCGAUGAACCCAUCCAGCUGCCAUGCAAGCACAACUUCUGCAAGGGCUGCAUCUCUGAGGCCUGGGCCAAAGACAACGCUGCGGUCCGCUGUCCCGAAUGCAACCAUGACUACGAGCAGAAACCCGCACUGGAGAAGAACUUUAAGCUCGCCAACAUCGUGAAGCGGUUUAACGCGUUGAACACUGAGAAAGUCCCCGCCGUGCUGCACUGUGUCCUCUGCAGACGAGGCCCCCCGUUGCCCGUGCGGAAAGUCUGCCUGCGCUGUAAGGAGCCCUGCUGCCAAACUCACAUCCAGACGCACCUCCAGCAGCCGUGUGCGGCCCCGGGACACCUGUUAGUGGACGCCGAGGAGCUGAGCGCUUGGACCUGUCCCAGUCAUGAGGAGUACAGGCUGCUCCACUGUGAGGAAGAGCAGGUGGCUCUGUGUCCGUUCUGCUGCAUCUCUCACUGCACUCACCAAAGACACACAGUGUGCGAUGUGGAUACGCAACGCAUACAAAUGCAGGCCAUGCUAAUGAGGCAGCAAGGCCGACUGGAUGGUCGUGUUCAGAACAUCGAUGAGCAGCUGACCAAGCUGGAGUCGGACAAGACACUGAUGAAGGAUGCAGUGUCUGAACUGAAGGAGCGAGCAAGAGCCCAGUAUCAGAGGAUGCAUGCGCUGCUAGAAGCAAACCAGGCUGAAACCAUGCAGAUGCUGGAGAGCACUUACACCAUGUAUGUGAGGAAAAACUCCCAGCAGGUUUUGCAGCUCAACGAGAAGCGCCAGGAAGCAGAGAAACUCCUGAGCUCAGUACAAACGUUCUUCAAAAGAGCAGACGGGAUUAACUUCAUGAAGAACACAAAACCGUAUCAGCUGCUAAUGGACAGGUCAAACACGCACCUGAGUAGUGCUAUCCCUCCACUCAGAGUGGGCCAGCUCAAUUCUCAUCAUUUGCUAUCUGAACUUUCAACGAGAGAAAAGAACAUGCGAAAAAUGCUGGAAGAACCGUUUAAUGAGGCACCCAUUCUUGAGAUCGUCCAGUCUCACAGCAGCUCUGAUGGCUCUCACAUGGGGACUGAUUCUGGACUAACGGAAGAGGAAAUACGGCAUGGCUUUUCCUGGAGAGUACACACAACAAACUCCACCUCCCAGGAUCCUCCACCGUUGCUCUACGGCAGCAAAAAACCCUUCCUGGCUGAUCAGAACCAUCAUGGCCCAUCCAUGUAUUCCUCUGAAGGCCUCUCCCAGAAUCCCCACGGUGGGCCCGGCCACAGCCGGCUCCUUGGCACUGCGGCCCAUCACAUGGUGGGUCUAGGGUCCAGCUCUAGCCACCACUCAGGGACCAUAUUCCCCCCCUCCCAUUUCUCCAGUGGAGGUGCCUCGCAACAAGCCAUGUACGAAGGGAGGAAAGUACUGAUGUGCACUCUGAAUAACUGCUGCUGCUCCAGGGCCCCCGCUGCCCGCGCCCGGCCUCCGUACCCAGCUUCGGACUCCUUCCCCUCCAUGACCCCUCAGGAGUUUCCCCCACAUGCCCCACUACCUACAAGCCAGCACUGCCAGCAUUUUCCCAUGAGGGGAAUGAUGGAAGCCGCACAGACAGCCAGGCACCCGGACUUCUACGGGCUGUACGGCCAGUCUUCAACCAAGCAUUACGGGACCAAGUAAUAAACCAGAAUCAGCAUUUGUUCCGUUUUCAUGAAAUCAGAGUUAUCGAUUUCCUCAUUUGCUUUUUGUUACUUUCCAUUUUGCAGAGUUAUGUUAUCAGUUUGUCUCCAGCAGGCCAUCGUGAUUAUAUUAUUUUGACAUUUACUUGACCCCCAUUUUGGGAAACCAUGCCCUGUUAAUGUUUUUAGCCCGGUUUACUUCUUGAAUCUCAGUGGCAGUACUAAUGCUGUAAUUUGAAAACAAGUUUGUAUUUAAUUUAUUUUCUGUUUCAAUUUGACUGGAAGUGCUAAUGUGAAUAAUGUAGUCUUAAAUCCUUUCAGGCAGUGAACAAAAUAAAUAACAUAUCCUUCAUCACGAGUCCUGACAUGGGACUCCAGAGACUUCAGUGCCUAAAAAGACUGUUAACAUGCUCUUAUUGUACUUGCAAGUUCCUAGCUCUUGAUUAUUUCCUGUUUGCGGUUGAAAGCAUGCAGGGAGCCUCUCCAUGCACUCCAAAGUCCAUGUGGCUUUAGAAACACACUGGACUUCAAAUGCUUGUCAGGUUUUCAUGAGUUUUUUAUACAAGAUUACUGAAUAAACCAAAAUCAGUGGAAAAUAUUAAAUAAACAAGCAGAAUACGUUA